ACGCCCAGGUGCCCAGGUGGCCAGCUGCUGCACUCAAGGACGGAGAGAGAGGCUGACAGCCGCCUGCAGCACGUGUGCCACCAGGGCGGCCGCCACACUUGGACAGUUUCCUUUUUAUCUCUCCUGUCCUCCCAUGGUUUGAAACAAAACACAUAAACACGUUCAGACGACUUGAUUGUAUGAAUCUGGGGGUUCUGUGUGUUUAUUUACCCCUCCCUCAUGCCAUCACCUCUCCACGGUUCUUGUGGGAGAAGGUCUAGCCCAGCUCCUCAGGAACAGAUCCCAGCCAGCACCCUCGAGAAGAGUGAGCCCCAGGACUCGACAGAAGUGCCACAGCGCAAACCCAGGCUGCUCUCCGUGCGAGCCACCCACAGACUUCCUAUUUGUAACUCAGUGGGAAUAGACCAGAGAACAGAGAAUGCGUGCGGCUGAGAUGCAGAGUCUUCUCCCCAAAAGUGACAUAGUUUGUGGCAUUAAUUGGACCCUAAAAUAUUUCUUACAGUUAAACAUGGAAUUUGGGCUCAUCUCAAAACCUGAGACACACAGAAGGGUUCAUGUGUCUUUGGGGUUCCCUUUGAUAGCCAGCUGAGCAGUUGCAGACCCAAGCACUCACCCACACCAGCCCCUGGUGAACAUGCCGCCGCUCUCCCCGAUAACUUCAAGAAGGAUCAGCGGCUCCAACAUUGAUGUUGCAAAGUGCUUUGGCUGGAAAACCAGCCCAGGGCCAAUGGCCGUGGCAUCCAUUCCCACAGCACUGGCUGAACCCAGAGUGGCAAGCUACAACGGACAUCCAGGGAAACCUGGACAGCUUCGGGGAUGUCAGCCAGCCCCUUGCUCAGCAGGGAGGAUAUUGGUAUGUGCCCGUGGAAGCUAGCAGGGGAUGUGUCCUGUAUUUCUGGCAGCUGGAGGAUCUGAGCAACCAUCUGCUCACAUUGCCUUCCCCUCACACAUUCCAGUUUCCUGAGCACCCCAAGACGUGUCCAGUUUGCAAAUGGAAACCCUCUCUUCUACCUGAAGCUGGGGGUUCCUGGCCGUUACCUACCGGAAAGGAAACUACCUCUCCGGGCAGCAGUUGGUGCCAAGUUUGAUUACAGUGUGGCAAGAACCAAAGUAUGGAGGUCAGCCGAGGACUUGGAUCCCCAGAGGUCCCUUUGCAUGCCCAGACAAGCUACCAGCAGCACUUUCAACAUACACCAAGUCACUGAACGUUUCCCUCAGCUUGGGAAUGAGAUGGUUCUGCAGAUAAUAACAGCAGCUGCAUGACAGAGACUUGAAGGCAUCCAGGAGCUCAGUCUUGGUCCUCCUGGAGGGUAGGCCAUAAGCAACAGCCACCACUCGGACAGAGCCCAGACCUAUCCUUGGCAUCAGACCUCCCACCAGCCCUCUUCCUCUGCCUGGGCCUGGUCAGAAGAGCAGAGAGAGCCCCGUGAGCAGAGAGCAGGCAAUCCCAGGAAAGGAAGGGGCCACAGCUGUACAAGCUGCCUUUGCUGGAAGGGAUGCCAGCCAGUGACCUGGAGGCUAUGGAGAGCAGAUGACCAGGUGGGAUGAGUCCAAGCUCCACCCUACGGCUGCCACCACUGAAGCCACCAGUCCCCCACACAUCAGGGAGCAGUGCGGGGUGCCUGCCCAGCCCUCUUGAGCUAUCAUCCAGGCCCUCCAGCCAGUCGUUUCUGUAGUACUAAACUUCAAGCAGGAAGGAGAUACAGGAUGAGGAGCUGCAGCGAUUCUGCACCCGGGUCACUAAGCUGCUGCAGGAACCCCCUGGGCCAGCCACCAUGGAUGCCCUGCAGAGGCUCUCGCUCAUUGUCUCAGCCACCAAGUACCCCCGGAGGCUGGAGAAGAUGUGUCUGGACCUGUUGCAGACCACCCUCUGUUUGCCCACAAGCCCCGAGCAGCUUCAGGGGCUCUGUGCCGCUAUCUUGAGAGAGAUGUCACCUUUUGAUGACCUGGCCCUGUCCUGUGAUCACACCCAAAACACCCGUCAGCUUAGCCUCGUGGCCUCUGUGCUGUUGGCCCAGGGAGACAGAAAAGGAGAGAUCAGAUGUGUGAGCCAGCGCAUCUUCAAGAUCCUUGAGAACCGGCAGCCCGAGGGCCCCAGUGUCAGGCACCUCCUCCCUGUCCUGUCCAAGGUCAUUGGCCUGGCCCCAGGCACCCUCAUGGAAGACCAGACCAACCUGCUCAGCAAAAGGCUAGUGGACUGGCUGCGCUACGCCAGCCUCCAGCAAGGGCUCCCGUACUCAGGGGGCUUCUUCUCUACACCCAGGACCCGGCAGCCAGGUCCCAUCACUGAGGUGGAUGGAGCAGUGGCUUCUGACUUCUUCACGGUACUCUCCACCGGCCAGCACUUCACAGAGGACCAGUGGCUGAACGUGCAGGCCUUCUCUAUGCUUCGGAAGUGGCUGCUGCACAGUGGCCCUGAGGACCCAGGCAGUCCAGAUGCAGAUGACAAGUCGGAGCUGGAGGGAUCCACCUUGUCUGUCCUGUCCGCCACCUCCACUGCCAGCCGCCUGCUGCCCCCUCGGGAGCGGCUGAGGGAGGUGGCCUUCGAGUACUGCCAGCGCCUGUUGGAACAGAGUAACCGGAGAGCCUUGAGGAAGGGGGACUCCGACCUACAGAAAGCUUGCCUGGUGGAAGCCGUGUUGGUGCUCGACGUGCUGUGCCGGCAGGACCCCUCCUUCCUUUUCCGCACCCUCUCCUGUCUGAAGGCCCUGCAGAGGAGGCUGGGUGAAGACCCUGGCAGCGAGCGGGCACUGGUGCCCCUUGCUCAGUUCUUCCUGAACCAUGGGGAGGCAGCCGCCAUGGAUGCAGAAGCCAUCUACCAGCACCUGCUCAGCAGACUCCCUUCUGAGCGCUUCUACAGCCCGACCCUGGCCUUCGAGGUCAUACACUUCUGCACACACAACCUGGCUCUGUUCGACCCCCACUUCCUCAGCCUUCUCAGGUUGAGCUUCCCUAGUCUGUUCAAGCUCCUGGCUUGGAACAGCCCUCCCCUCACAGCCGAGUUCGUGGUACUGCUCCCAGCUCUGGUGGAUGCUGGCACGGCCGUGGAGAUGUUACACGCACUGCUUGACCUGCCCUGCCUGACUGCUGCCCUGGACCUACAGCUCAGGUCCACACAGACCCCAUCAGAAAGGCCACUUUGGGAUGUCUCCCUCAAGAUUCCUAGCUGCCUGGAGGCCUUCCGGGACCCACAGCUCCAAGGACUCUUCCGCCACCUGCUUCGUACCAAGGCCAGCCGCUCCACAGAGAGACUGAUGCCACUUCACCAGCUGCUGAAGCCCAUGGCCAGCUGUGCCCGGGUAACCCAGUGUGCAGAGGCAGUACCCGUCCUGCUUCAGGCCUUCUUCUCAGCCGUGACCCAGUUUGCUGACGGGGCCCUGAUCAACCAGCUGGCGCUGCUGCUCCUGGACAGAAGUGACUCCCUCUACCAGGUCCCUCGGUAUGAGGCCCGUGUGCACAGGGUGCUGAGCUCCCAGCUCCUGGUACUGUGUAAGCUGAAGCCGUCACUGGUGGUGGAGCUGUCCCGAGAGCUUCUCGAGUUUGUGGGGAGCGUGAGCAGCAUCUGCAGCCGAGCCAGCAUGUUCACCUGUGUGGUGUGGGCCAUCGGCGAGUACCUGUCGGUGGCCUGUGACAAGAGGUGCACAGUGGAGCAGAUCAACAGGUUCUUUGAAGCCCUGGAGGCCCUGCUGUUCGAAGUCACCCAGUCCCGUCCCUCGGCCGACCUGCCCUGCUGUCCCCCACAGGUGGUCACUGCACUCAUGACCACGCUGACCAAGCUGGCCUCCCGGAGCCAAGACCUGAUCCCAAGGGUGUCACUGUUCCUGUCAAAAAUUCGGACCCUGGCCCAGAACCCAGCCACCAGCUCUGUGCACAGUGAGGAGGACGCAGAAGCCAUCCGUACCCGGGCCACAGAGCUACUGGCUCUCCUGAAGAUGCCCAGUGUGGCCCAGUUUGUGUUCACACCCACUGCAGGCGUGUGCCAGCCCCGCUACCACCGAGACACCAACACGGCCCUGCCUCUGGCCCUGCGCACCGUCAGCCGGCUGGUGGAGAAGGAGGCUGGCCUCUUGCCAGGUUGAAGGGACAGUCACCACCUGAACACUGGCUACAACUUAAGAGCCUGAGUGGUCAGCCUGAUGUCGGAGCUGAGCUGCAAGCUUGGGUGACUAGAGGGGGAGGAAGUGGACAUGGCCCUCAAAACGACAUCACUGGCUCCUGGGGGUGAGUCAUCCAGCCUUGUCCCCGUGGCUGGCUGCACUCAGCCUUGAGCAGCUCAGAGAUGGCUGAGCAGAAGCGGCCUGGUCUGCUCACUGCUAUUAACUCAUUUCUGGAGUUAGGAGCAAGGAUCAGUACAGGAACAAUAAACUUCAUAAAAUUGCUUAUGCUGGG